GCAGCUAUUCUGACUGUAAAUCAUAAGCUUUUCUCUUUGUAUUUUAUCGAACAUUACAUUUCUCUCUGUUGUUUUACAAAGGACCUUCAGCAUUGGUAAGUAAAUAACUCGACUUCACACUAAUGGUAAAGGCUGAUAUUUCAUAAAUUUAUCACAUUUAUUACAUUGAGGUAUCAAAUAGAAACAUAAAAAGCAUUUUCAGAUCAUGUUUACGUGAAAGACUCUGAUCAGUAAGUGAGAUUCCACUUCCAUCAGUCAGCUUCUUUCCCACAAUGCUCCUGUGUGUAACCCCACUACACUGCAAUAAUGUAGGCAGAGACGUUUACCAUGUCGAGUAAAAGACACAACAAACAUGCAGCAUAUAACACACACCACUGCCAGACUCCAUCAGAAUCUCUCUCAUCUUAUACAGUCCAUUUUCUCCUGCACUAAUAAGGAGCUACACCUCAGUAUGAGGAGGAGAUCUAAAUGCACUGAUGAGUUAUUAAUGUUCUCCACAUACAAGCUUCUAUAAUUACACAUGCUAAUAGCAGCACUAGUUUAUAUGUGUAUGGAAGUGAUGGAAUAAAAACACAUAAAUGAAUAUUUAAUUUGUUUCUGGCUGCAUGACUUUUCCCUCCACAGUUGUGUUUCUGUACCUGAUAAAUCUCUCCAAUGUGAGCAGAUGAUUAUCAGCACAGUGGAACAGAAUGUUGUGUAGAUUUACUGUAUGUGAUGGUUAAUUAUAAAGCCUUAACUAGAUUAUCUUUGUUUAUGAAGAGACACAUAAACUGUGUUAUGGUCAGAGUAACAGUUCUUUUCUACAUUUUACAAUUCAUCAUUAAACUCUGGAAUCAUGCACAAAACAUUUAUACUUUAUUAUUCCCAGCUACAGAAGCUUUCUGGAGUUCCUCAGAGGACAGAAGAGCCAGAUCGUCCUCUAAAGAAGGCUGUCUGGGUUCAUCAGAAAGACAGAGAAUGGACAGACGAUGAGCGACUGAAAAUGGAGAAAUCAGCUCUAAGAAUUGAACUGGAUGGAGCAUCAAAAUCACUGAGAAAUAAAGACCAACAGCUAGAGGAUUGCAAAAGACAGAUAGACAAUAAAGAUACAAAGCUGAGAAACAGAGAGAAAAUCAUUGAGGAGAAAGACACACUACUCAAAGAUACAAAUAUAAAACAAGAGAAGAUGACUAAAGAGCUACAGGAGAGAGAAAGAGCUCUACAUGAGAGAGAUCAACAACUGAAACUGAAAGACACACAGAUACAGGAGGCACAAAUACGAGUGGAGGAAAUGAAGAAAAGACUUGUGGAGAAGGAUAAAGAAUUAAAUGAGAAAAAUGAACAGCUGACGGUUCUAAAAGAAUGUUUAGAAAUUAAUGAGAAAACUCUUUCUGAGAGAGAUACAGUGUUAAUGGAAACAAAUGAAAAACUUCAAAAUGCCACUGAACAGAUUAAGGAGAAAAUCUCACAACUGGAAAAUAUGAACAAACUGCUGAAUGAGAAAGAAACACAGCUGAAGAACACAGAUAAAGAGCUGGAAACCAGUAAAAAUAAACUGGAGACACUGGGACAGGAGCUGCAGAAGAAGAAGACACAAGUACAGGAGAUGAUGAUCGUACUGGAGCAACAGAAAACUGAGUUAACAGAAAAAAACAAACAGCUUGAAGAGAAAGAGAGUCUUCUAACUGAGAGAAAGACACAGCUAAUGGAAAGAGACAAACAGCUUGAGGAGAAAGACAGACUUCUGACAAAAAAUACCCAAACACUUCAGAUGAAGGAAAAGACACUGGAAGAGAAGGACACACUGCUCAGAGAGGUAAAAGAAGAAUUGGGAAAAACAAGCAGGACGUUAGAAGAGAAUCAGACACAGAUGAAAGACAAAGAGAGACAACUUGAGAACAUGCGGAAAGAACUGGCAACCAGUAAAAGCAACCUAAUAGAAAGAGACAAACAGCUUCAAGACAAAGACAGACAUCUGGUUGAAAAUGCACAAACACUGCAGAUGAAAGACGCAGCACUGGAAGAGAAAGAGACAGUGCUGAAACAGAUAAAAACUGAAUUGGACGAAACAGUUAAGGAAUUAGAAGACAGUCAGCGACACAUGGAGGAGAAAAACACACAACUGGAGAAUAUGAACAAACUGCUGAAUGAGAAAGAAACACAGCUGAAGAACACAGAUAAAGAGCUGGAAACCAGUAAAAAUAAACUGGAGACACUGGGACAGGAGCUGCAGAAGAAGAAGACACAAGUACAGGAGAUGAUGAUUGUUCUGGAGCAAAAGAAAACUGAGAUAGCAGAAAAAAGCAAACAGCUUGCAGAGAAAGAGAGUCUUCUAACUGAGAGAAAGACGCAGCUAAUGGAAAGAGAUAAACAGCUUGAGGAGAAAGACAGACUUCUGAUGGAAAAUACACAAACACUUCAGAUGAAAGAAAAGACACUGGAAGAGAAGGACACACAAUUAAAAGAGGUGAAGAGUGAAUUGGAAAAAACAAGUACAAAUUUAAAAGACAAUGAGAGACAGCUGAAACAGAAAGAGAGACAACUGGACAAUGUGGUCAAAGUGCUGGAAACCAGUAAAAAUAACCUGGAGACAGUGGGACAGGAGCUGCAGGACAAGAAGAGACAACUACAGGAGAUGAUGAUCGUACUGGAGCAACAGAAAACUGAGUUAACAGAAAAAAACAAACAGCUUGAAGAGAAAGAGAGUCUUCUAACUGAGAGAAAGACACAGCUAAUGGAAAGAGACAAACAGCUUGAGGAGAAAGACAGACUUCUGACAAAAAAUACCCAAACACUUCAGAUGAAGGAAAAGACACUGGAAGAGAAGGACACACUGCUCAGAGAGGUAAAAGAAGAAUUGGGAAAAACAAACAGGACGUUAGAAGAGAAUCAGACACAGAUGAAAGACAAAGAGAGACAACUUGAGAACAUGCGGAAAGAACUGGCAACCAGUAAAAGCAACCUAAUAGAAAGAGACAAACAGCUUCAAGACAAAGACAGACAUCUGGUUGAAAAUGCACAAACACUGCAGAUGAAAGACGCAGCACUGGAAGAGAAAGAGACAGUGCUGAAACAGAUAAAAACUGAAUUGGACGAAACAGUUAAGGAAUUAGAAGACAGUCAGCGACACAUGGAGGAGAAAAACACACAACUGGAGAAUAUGAACAAACUGCUGAAUGAGAAAGAAACACAGCUGAAGAACACAGAUAAAGAGCUGGAAACCAGUAAAAAUAAACUGGAGACACUGGGACAGGAGCUGCAGAAGAAGAAGACACAAGUACAGGAGAUGAUGAUUGUUCUGGAGCAAAAGAAAACUGAGAUAGCAGAAAAAAGCAAACAGCUUGAAGAGAAAGAGAGUCUUCUAACUGAGAGAAAGACGCAGCUAAUGGAAAGAGAUAAACAGCUUGAGGAGAAAGACAGACUUCUGAUGGAAAAUACACAAACACAUCAGAUGAAAGACAAGACACUGGAAGAGAAGGACACACAAUUAAAAGAGGUGAAGAGUGAAUUGGAAAAAACAAGUACAAAUUUAAAAGACAAUGAGAGACAGCUGAAACAGAAAGAGAGACAACUGGACAAUGUGGUCAAAGUGCUGGAAACCAGUAAAAAUAACCUGGAGACAGUGGGACAGGAGCUGCAGGACAAGAAGAGACAACUACAGGAGAUGAUGAUCGUACUGGAGCAACAGAAAACUGAGUUAACAGAAAAAAACAAACAGCUUGAAGAGAAAGAGAGUCUUCUAACUGAGAGAAAGACACAGCUAAUGGAAAGAGACAAACAGCUUGAGGAGAAAGACAGCCUUCUGACGGAAAAUACCCAAACACUUCAGAAGAAGGAAAAGACACUGGAAGAGAAGGACACACUGCUCAGAGAGGUAAAAGAAGAAUUGGGAAAAACAAACAGGACGUUAGAAGAGAAUCAGACACAGAUGAAAGACAAAGAGAGACAUCUUGAGAACAUGCGGAAAGACCUGGCAACCAGUAAAAGCAACCUAAUAGAAAGAGACAAACAGCUUCAGGACAAAGACAGACAUCUGGUUGAAAAUGCACAAACACUGCAGAUGAAAGACGCAGCACUGGAAGAGAAAGAGACAGUGCUGAAACAGAUAAAAACUGAAUUGGACGAAACAGUUAAGGAAUUAGAAGACAGUCAGCGACACAUGGAGGAGAAAAACACACAACUGGAGAAUAUGAACAAACUGCUGAAUGAGAAAGAAACACAGCUGAAGAACACAGAUAAAGAGCUGGAAACCAGUAAAAAUAAACUGGAGACACUGGGACAGGAGCUGCAGAAGAAGAAGACACAAGUACAGGAGAUGAUGAUUGUUCUGGAGCAAAAGAAAACUGAGAUAGCAGAAAAAAGCAAACAGCUUGAAGAGAAAGAGAGUCUUCUAACUGAGAGAAAGACGCAGCUAAUGGAAAGAGAUAAACAGCUUGAGGAGAAAGACAGACUUCUGAUGGAAAAUACACAAACACAUCAGAUGAAAGACAAGACACUGGAAGAGAAGGACACACAAUUAAAAGAGGUGAAGAGUGAAUUGGAAAAAACAAGUACAAAUUUAAAAGACAAUGAGAGACAGCUGAAACAGAAAGAGAGACAACUGGACAAUGUGGUCAAAGUGCUGGAAACCAGUAAAAAUAACCUGGAGACAGUGGGACAGGAGCUGCAGGACAAGAAGAGACAACUACAGGAGAUGAUGAUCGUACUGGAGCAACAGAAAACUGAGUUAACAGAAAAAAACAAACAGCUUGAAGAGAAAGAGAGUCUUCUAACUGAGAGAAAGACACAGCUAAUGGAAAGAGACAAACAGCUUGAGGAGAAAGACAGCCUUCUGACGGAAAAUACCCAAACACUUCAGAAGAAGGAAAAGACACUGGAAGAGAAGGACACACUGCUCAGAGAGGUAAAAGAAGAAUUGGGAAAAACAAACAGGACGUUAGAAGAGAAUCAGACACAGAUGAAAGACAAAGAGAGACAUCUUGAGAACAUGCGGAAAGACCUGGCAACCAGUAAAAGCAACCUAAUAGAAAGAGACAAACAGCUUCAGGACAAAGACAGACAUCUGGUUGAAAAUGCACAAACACUGCAGAUGAAAGACGCAGCACUGGAAGAGAAAGAGACAGUGCUGAAACAGAUAAAAACUGAAUUGGACGAAACAGUUAAGGAAUUAGAAGACAGUCAGCGACACAUGGAGGAGAAAAACACACAACUGGAGAAUAUGAACAAACUGCUGAAUGAGAAAGAAACACAGCUGAAGAACACAGAUAAAGAGCUGGAAACCAGUAAAAAUAAACUGGAGACACUGGGACAGGAGCUGCAGAAGAAGAAGACACAAGUACAGGAGAUGAUGAUUGUUCUGGAGCAAAAGAAAACUGAGAUAGCAGAAAAAAGCAAACAGCUUGAAGAGAAAGAGAGUCUUCUAACUGAGAGAAAGACGCAGCUAAUGGAAAGAGAUACACAGCUUGAGGAGAAAGACAGACUUCUGAUGGAAAAUACACAAACACAUCAGAUGAAAGACAAGACACUGGAAGAGAAGGACACACAAUUAAAAGAGGUGAAGAGUGAAUUGGAAAAAACAAGUACAAAUUUAAAAGACAAUGAGAGACAGCUGAAACAGAAAGAGAGACAACUGGACAAUGUGGUCAAAGUGCUGGAAACCAGUAAAAAUAACCUGGAGACAGUGGGACAGGAGCUGCAGGACAAGAAGAGACAACUACAGGAGAUGAUGAUCGUACUGGAGCAACAGAAAACUGAGUUAACAGAAAAAAACAAACAGCUUGAAGAGAAAGAGAGUCUUCUAACUGAGAGAAAGACACAGCUAAUGGAAAGAGAUAAACAGCUUGAGGAGAAAGACAGCCUUCUGACGGAAAAUACCCAAACACUUCAGAAGAAGGAAAAGACACUGGAAGAGAAGGACACAGUGCUUAGAGAGGUAAAAGAAGAAUUGGGAAAAACAAACAGGACGUUAGAAGAGAAUCAGACACAGAUGAAAGACAAAGAGAAACAACUUGAGAACAUGCGGAAAGACCUGGCAACCAGUAAAAACAAACUAAUAGAAAGAGAAAAACAGCUUCAGGAAAAAGACAGACAUCUGGUUGAAAAUGCACAAACACUGCAGAUGAAAGACGCAGCACUGGAAGAGAAAGAGACAGUGCUGAAACAGAUAAAAACUGAAUUGGACGAAACAGUUAAGGAAUUAGAAGACAGUCAGCGACACAUGGAGGAGAAAAACACACAACUGGAGAAUAUGAACAAACUGCUGAAUGAGAAAGAAACACAGCUGAAGAACACAGAUAAAGAGCUGGAAACCAGUAAAAAUAAACUGGAGACACUGGGACAGGAGCUGCAGAAGAAGAAGACACAAGUACAGGAGAUGAUGAUUGUUCUGGAGCAAAAGAAAACUGAGAUAGCAGAAAAAAGCAAACAGCUUGCAGAGAAAGAGAGUCUUCUAACUGAGAGAAAGACGCAGCUAAUGGAAAGAGACAAACAGCUUCAGGAGAAAGACAGACUUCUAGAGAAGAAAACAAAGCAGCUGCAGGAACAGACAGAUCCAGAAUCAUCAGCCCCCAUCAGGAGAAGAAACAGCAAGGAAGACUUACCUCCAACAAUGAGUGGAGAGACUCAGGACUCAGCAGCAUCGAUCAGGAGAAGAAACAGUAUGGAGGGAUAUCGUCCAACAUUGAGUGGAGAGACUCAGGACUCAGCAGCACCAAUCAGGAGAAGAAACAGUAUGGAGGGAUUGCGUCCAGCAUUGAGUGGAGAAUCAUCUCCAGUGUCGGUUCCUGUAGCAGAACUGAGGCUGGUGCUGCUGGGGAGGACGGGGUCUGGGAAGAGUGCAGCAGGAGACACCAUCCUGAGCAGAGAGGAGAGGAACCAGGCUGCUACAUCUACAGCUACAUCUACAUCCACCCAGCAGAGUGAGAGCACACAGGGGGAGGUGGCUGGGAGGAAGGUGACUGUGGUGGACACUCCUGACUGGUUCCCUCCUCGACUCUCUCUGGAGAAGCUGAGACAGGACGUGGGACUCUGUGUCCAUCUGUCUGCUCCAGGACCCCACGCCUUCCUCCUGGUCAUACCUGUAAAGCAGCCUACAGGAGAGGAGAGAGGGUUGCUGGAGAAAAUGGAGGAGAUUUUUGGAGAGAGAUGUUGGAGAAACACCAUGAUCAUAUUCAGUGUUACUGAUGAACUUCAGAAGAAGAACACUGAGGAGUUUAUCCAAUCAGGAGAUGAGGAGGUCCAGAGACUUGUAGAGAAAUGUGAGAACAGGUUUCACUGUCUCAACAUUAAGGAGAGUGGAGAUGGUUCUCAGGUCUCAGAACUGCUGGAGAAGAUAGAGAAGAUGGUGGAAGGAAACAGAGAGAAAUUCUACAGCAGUGAGAUCUACCUGGAGACAGAAUCUCAGGUUAGAGCAAUGGAGACAAAGAUCCUGAAGGAAAGAGAAGAGAAAAGGAUGAGAAAGGAGAUGGAAAUGAAGGAAAAAAUAGAAAAGGAGGUGCAGGAUUCACUGAGAAAGAUAGAGGGAGUGAUCCAGGAGCAUGAAGGAGACAUCAGACAACUUAAUGACCGAACAACUGAACUGGAGAGAAAGAUGAAGGAAGAGAGAGAUGAAGAGAAAAAGAGAGAACUUGAGAGGGAGUUGCAACGAGAGGUAGAGCGAAGGAGAGAAAUGGAAGAAAAGGUGAAGAAAGUAAAAGAAAAGAGAGAGAGGGAGAGGAGAGAGAUGGAGGAAAGGCAUCAACAGGAGAUGGAGGAGAUCAGAGAGGUGUAUGAAGGAGAGGUCAGGAUGGAGGCAGAGAGAAACCUCAUGAAGAUCAUCCUGCCUGAACUCCAGAGAAACAUUUUGGCCACAAAAACGAAGAUGCAGGAAGAGUUCAGCAGACAGAUGGAGGAGAAGCACAGAGAGCUGGAGACUCUUAAACAGAAGCUUUCAGAGCUCACAGAGACUCACAGUCUGCUCGAAGAGCUUUAUGAGAAAACUGUGAGAAGCAGCUCAGAACCAGAGAGAGCAGCUCUAACAGGAGAGGCAUCGAACGGAAUCUCUCAGAGACUUAAAGACUUUUUAUUAUUAUUAGUAACAGUAAGCAACAGUAAUAAUUAUUGUUAUUAUCAACGGUAAGCUAGUUACUGCUACUUUCUUGUCGUGCAGGACAAAAUAACAAAUAUAGUGAAUGGAGGUAAUUUGAACAUUUUACACACUGAAGAAAUCACAUCAUGCCCCAAGGUGUUUUAUUCUUCUUGUACAACAGCAAUUUCACAAAAAAUACAUUUUAAUUAUUUAAAAAAAAACACAAAAUGUGUCAGAAAACCUGCAGAUUUUUACUGUGAGCGCUGACGGGUUGAUGAAGUGACAGACUUUUUCUGUCCAACAAAUUUCUUUUGCCUUUAAAUUUUUUUUGUACGUUAUGUAUUGGUAAUUUUUCAUUAGAAAUAUAGAAUAUAAUGUCGUGCGACCAUCUGAACAUUAGUGCAAUUCUGAAAAGUUGAGUUUGAUAGAAGAGAAAAAAGAAAACGGUUACCAACGUAUGAUGUUAAUAUUAUAAUCCUUACUGUAUUUCUAAUUAACUGAUUAGGAGAAUUUUUAGCAUGUUUACUCAGAGUACUCAUAUUCAUUAUCCCCCGAUGUCCACUUAUAAUGUUUUAAUGUCUGAAUUUAUUACAAACAAAAUCAGAAUUCAUUUUUACAUGACCGUUUUCCAAUUGCUCUUUUUCCUCUUAGAAUUAAGGGUGGUGUUUUUUUAAAACCAUUUAAGACAGAUAUAUGAUAAAGGACCGCUGUUCUGAUUGGCUGCUCUGUAUUGCACUUCCUUAAACAACUAGUCUAGGAUAAAAUGUUCACUGUAAAUGGGCGUGUCUAAACUGCUAUGGACUAAAUCACAGUGAUGUGGAAAUGUGAAUCACGACUAGGAAUCGUUAAAGGACUGAUGUUGCAGCUUAGUUUCCAUAUAUGGACUGUACUGAUUGGGGGUGAAUGUUUGGGUGUGACAAUGUUUACGUGGAACAUCAACCUUUUAUGGUUACAAAAAUGUACCUUCUGUUGUCAUCUAUCAUGCAUUUAAAAUUGUCAAUCUACUUCAUGUCACAAAUUUGUUUUAGCUAUCAUAGAAGAAAAGUGCUUGGACAGUUUACAUAAAUAUUAUAUAAUAGAGUUUGUAAGCUUUUAUAUGAUAAAGUUUACAAUUUACAUAAACAUUAUAUAAACUUGAAGUGACCUACUAAAGAAGAAACAGAGAGAAAUGGAGGGCUGAAUGAUACAGUGCACACACAUCCAUUUAAAGUGCAAAGUGUUUUUAACAUGCAACACACUUUUUAUAAAACAUGUACACCAUCAUGUGGUGUAAUUGAUUAUGGUAAGAACUGUAUUAAAAUUCAGAACUUUAAAUUAUGUGGCUGAAAUAUUAAUCACUGAGACGGUAUGCUCAAGUGAAUGCUAGUCUUGUACAUAUUUUUUAAAAUCAGUUUUAUAGGUUUUAAUAAUUAAAACAAGCCUGUAAGGCAGUUCAUGACUUCAUGACAGAAAUUCAUUAAUAAUGCAUGACGUAAUCAUGCAAUAUAUGAUUUUCUGCAGAUGUAAAAAAAAAAAAAAAAAAAGGUAAUAAAAUUUGCAAUACAAAAUUUUAAGCAUAUUGAGGAAGUACAUUAUUUGGAGGGAAAAAUCAUGGUUGCACCACAUGAUCAUGUUUAAGACCAUGCCUGAUGAAUGUUAAUGAAAAAUUGCUGAACUGUUGUAGUGACAUGUUUUUAUGUAAAUGUAUGUGUACAAUACAUUUUAAAUUGCUAAAUAUACUGUAUGCAUGAUUUUAUAUAUUUAAACAAGGAUUAACCAAGUGAGAUCAUGCAUUUUUCCUGUUUCUGUUUGAAAGCUAAUAGCUGAAUAGCUACAGUAGAGCAGAGAGAUGUGGAGGUGAAAGCCGAUGAAGCAGCCUACUGCAAAAGAAACGUAGAUCAGGAUUUAUAAUAUAAGGUGUAGAUUUCCCCUAUUACUCACAUGUUAUUUCAGUCUCUUUCACUGGAACUGUCAUAAAGGUAUUUUAUGGAACUGGUAUUAAUAUGGUGAGCUUGGAUGAUGGUGCCUUAAAUGAUAAUCACUGCUUUUACUGCUGUCUGACAUCCACCUGAAAUGCACAAGCGCACCACACUUAUCAAUUAAACUGUACAGAUUUCAAAACAA